CCCAAGGGGGCGGGCUCGGAGGAAGGCGGGGCCAGGCGGGCUGCGACCCGGGCGCGCGGAGAUGACGCCACUCGGCGCGUGCCCGGUAGCCUGUAGUAACCCCGGGUCUGCGGAAGUGGAGACCGGUGGGCAGGCUGCUGAGACAGGGUACUGAAAGUUGUGGAACCUAGUUUGCGACAUCAGUUGUUUUUUUGGUAAGCAGCUAUUUAUGAUUCUGGAAGAUUAAGGCAGAUGGGAAUACCUCUCUGAGAUUUUACCAAAGCUUGCAAAUAAUAAACCAAAUCAUGGACAUACAGCUGGACCCUUCCAGAGAUGACCUGCCUCUCAUGGCCAACACCAACCACAUCCUUGUGAAACACUAUGCACUGGAUUUAGAUGUGGAUUUUGAAAGUCAAGUCAUUGACGGGACCAUCGUGCUUUUCUUUGAGGAUGGAAACAGAUUCAAGAAACAGAAUAGCUUCACUGAGGAAGCCUGCCAAUCAGAGUCAAAUGAAGCCUGCAAAUCUGGGAUGCCUGAAACCUGCUGUAUUUCUGUGACAAAUGCAGGGACCUUCUCCUCUAAAAUGGAAUAUAAUGAUUUUGCAAUCUGUAGUAAAGGUGAAAAAGAUACUUCUGCUAAAGAUGGUAACCAUGACAACCGAGAACAGGCUUCUGGGAUCUCUACCUCAAAGUACUGCUGUGACACAGGGAAUCACGGGAGUGGGGAAUUUUUGCUAGUGCUGGACUGCUGUGAUUUAUCUGUGUUAAAAGUUGAGGAGGUGGAUGUUGCUGCUGUGCCAGGUAUUGAAAAAUUUACAAGGUCUCCCGAGCUCACAGUUGUUUCUGAGGAGCUCAGGAAUCAGAUUGUACAUGAACUUGUGACUCUGCCUGCAGAUCGUUGGAGGGAGCAGUUAGACUAUUACGCUCGCUGCAGCCAGGCUCCUGGCUGUGGGGAGCUCUUCUUUGACACUGACACUUGGAGCUUACAGAUCAGGAAGACAGGGGUUCAGACAGCUACUGACUUUCCUCAUGCUCUCAGGAUAUGGUACAAAACCAAACCCGAGGGGCGAUCAGUUACAUGGACCUCAGACCAGAGUGGCAGGUAGGUUAUCUGAGCGCCGCAGCCCCGUGCCUGUUAAUCUUUUGCACUGCAGGAAUGAUCUCAGACGUUGGACCAGCUCUGCAGAGAUGCCUCUGUUUAUUCUGUGACAUCACCCAGGUAGCCUCAAAUCCUUAGACCCACAGUGA